AUGGCGGAGGAGAAUAUUUUUAUGUUUGUGCCAAACAUUAUUGGAUAUGCAAGGAUAAUCCUGCUGAUAAUAUCCUUUUAUUUCAUGCCAACUAAUUAUAUUAUUGCAACAUCUUGCUAUGUGGUCUCGGCUCUUCUUGACGCAUUUGAUGGCCAUGCUGCUCGGAUGUUUAAUCAGAGCACAAAGUUUGGAGGUAUGCUGGAUCAAUUAACUGAUAGAUGUGGUACAAUGGGUUUGGUUGCUGUCUUAGCCCAUUUUUAUCCAAAGUACAUGUUCCUUUAUUUGAUGUCUAUGUCAAUUGACAUUGCAUGUCAUUGGAUAUAUCUCCAUACCACUGUACUCCAAGGGAAAACAAGCCAUAAGUUCAUAGAUAUGUCAGAAAAUCCAAUAAUGAGUAUCUACUACACCAAUAGGACGGUCCUUUUUUUGAUGUGUUUUGGGAAUGAAGCAUUCUAUGCAAGCUUAUAUUUACUGUACUUCACUGAAGGACCUAUCAUUGCUGGUCUAUCUCUCUUCAGAAUAAUACUCUACCUCUCAGCUCCAGUGGCUAUAGUAAAAUCUGGAAUAACCCUGCUCCAUCUUGUGGUAGCAUCCAAGAAUUUGGGUAUCAUAGAUGUCAAUGAAAGGAAGGAUGCUUUGAAAAAGGCCAAUUAAAUAUAUUUAUCUUAACACCUACUAUGUACUUCACCAUGUGAUCUUCCCUGUAGAUUAUAGUAUCUCAGUGUUAGAAAAGCAGAUAAUAUGUACUUCCAAAUACCAAAAGUACUAUUGAUGUACCUGUGUCAUUCCUCUGGCAUUUUGUGCGAGUUCCAAACUUGAUAUUUAUCUUAUUUGAGGUUAUUGAAUCUUUUUUGUUUUUUUUUAAUAGUUUUUAUGGAUAAUUCAAACCAAAGAAAAAUAUAGCAGUGUAUUUUGUUAUAAAGAAUAUAAUUUAUGCCUAUACAUGAUAUUUGUUUUAACACAGAUUGUAAGUAUAUGGAUUAUGAAUGAUUAAAUAAAAGUGUCAAAAACAUG